AUGUCGUGCAAAAGCCGCGAGUGCUGCCCGUACCCCGACUCGGAUAUCGACGCAAACGAACGGAUCGCCUACGCCGCUCGCGACGCGCGCACCCUGCCUCGACCCUUACCCACCGACAAUGAGAGCGAUUGGAUCGACUACACCCUCACGCCAGCGGGACACCACGCCUGCCGCGCGCCGUACCGCCCCAAGUUCGUGUGCGUGCCCUGCCGGCGCGUGUUCAAGCCCGCUGUUGUGCCGGGGAACGAGUAUGUGGUUUGGGGGGAGAAUGUUGGGGAUGGCGAUGGUGGCGGUGGCGGUGGGACUUGGGUGGAUGGUGCGAGGAUGGGGUGGUGGGUUGCGCCGGCGGGGUGGUACAGCAAGGCGCUUGAGGUGGCGUGGGGGCGGGUGCAGAGGGACCCGGUGCGGUGGGAGGAGGCGGAGAUGGGGGUUAGGGCGUACCAUCUCAACCGCGAUUCGGGGAGUAGGAUGGGGAGCGGGGAAUCGGGCGAGGAAGGGAGGGAGGAAGGGGAGACCAGCGUAGAAGAGGCUAUCGAGGGGGUGGACGUUGAGGAGCUGAGGAAGUGCCAUCCGGAUGCGUGGUGGCGCCCGCUCAAUGAGCGGUGGGUGCGGUGUCCCGGGUGCGGGGCGGCGGGGCAGGCGGUGGGGAGCAAGUUUGAGGCGCCUCCUCGAGGGAGGGGUAGGGCGGGAGGGAAGAAGAGCGAGAAGGCGUGGAGGCGGGUGGAAGAGAGGUUGAGGGCGGGCGAGCGGUUCACGUACUGUAUGAGUCGGGCGGAGGAGGAGAGGUUUUUAGCGUCUCGGGCUCAAGCUCAAGUGGCCAUGGAAGUCACAGAUGCCUACAAGCCUCGGGCCGGGGUCGACGUGGAGGUUGUUCUCGAGGAGGUCGAGGAGGUUGGGCACCAUCGAGCAGUCCCCGGCAAAGAGGCCCGGGAGACGGGCAAUGAGGGAUUCUAG